UAUAUAUAGAAGGAUAGGCUAUGAAACAAGCAAAUCUCAUCACAGAAAACAUUAUGGAUCGGAAGCAUUAUGUGCUAGUGCAUGGGGCUUGCCAUGGCGCUUGGUGUUGGUACAAGGUUAAGCCACGCCUGGAAUCUGCUGGGCACAAGGUCACAGUGAUUGAUCUUGCAGCUUCUGGCAUCAAUAUGAAGAAAAUUGAAGAGGUUGAUACGAUUUCACAGUAUUCUGAACCUUUGUUGCAGUUAAUGGCUUCAAUUCCCUCGAAUAAAAAGGUAAUUCUGGUUGGUCACAGCCUUGGAGGACUGAACAUAUCACUUGCCAUGGACAAAUUUCCAGAAAAGGUAGAGGUUGGUGUUUUCUUGACAGCUUUUGCGCCAGAUACGCACAAACCCUCUUAUGUCUUGGAAAAGUUUAACAGUAUCCCAGCAGCUGAUUGGUUGGACACUGAAUUCUUGCCAUGUGGAAACAAAAAAUCAAUAGUCUUUGGUCCUAAAUUCCUAGUCACCAAGCUCUACCAACUCUCCCCGGCUGAGGAUCAUGAAUUGGCCAAGGCUUUAAUGAGGACAGGGUCACUCUUUGUGGAAGACAUGAUUCAGCAAAAGAACAUGUUCAAACAAGGAUAUGGAUUAGUUCCACGUGUUUUUAUUAUCUGCACUGAGGACCUUACAAUCACUUUGAAAUUUCAACUCUGGAUGAUCCAAAAUGCGGGAAUCAAUGAAGUGAUAGAGAUGAAAGGCGCAGAUCAUAUGCCUAUGCUCUGCAAGCCACAAGAACUAAGCGAUUCUCUCCUGCAGAUAGCUACUAAAUAUGCAAAUUAAAUUCAUGAAGGAAGCUUGGUUUUAUUGUUGUGUUUGAAUUCGACUUGUGUGAUCGAAUUACAAGAAUCUCUCCUUUUAAACCUGGAGACAGGACGCAUUUUGAAAAGAAAAAAAAAUUGUAAGAAUUUGCAUAUCAGGUUGUAUUCUUGUUUUUCUUGUUUAAAUUCAUGUAAUGAAUAAAUGAAACUUAUCGAA